AGAGUGAUUGAAAAUCAUGAAAAAGAAGUAGAGAAAGAUAUGAAUAUAAUUAUAAUCGCUGAUAUAGUGAAGGCACUGUUGAUGUUAAAUAUUCUUACCACUAUACCACCACCUAGUAAUACUUCUACCACAUCACCACCUCAUUAUACUUCUACAACAUUUUGCAAUAUGCUACAUCUACUAUCACAGAAUAUUUCUACCACAACACCACCACCUCGUUAUACUUCUAAAACACUACCUCAUUAUACUUUUAAAACAUCACCUC